UUUUUAACCAUCACAUGUGUGCGUGCGCGCGCACACACACACACUGGGUUAUUCCUACCCCAUAUAUAGUGGAACACAGAUGGCAGAGGCACCCCUGAAGUGAUCCUAGACUCCAGGUUCCAGUCUCUGCAAACAAGUGAAGCCUUUCUACCUAAUAAUAAAUCAGAUAUCAGCACACUGGUAACUGCAAUGGAUGAUCAAGAGACUCGAGAGAACCCGACUCCUGCCGCAACACCUGCCGUACGCCCUAAGCGAGUGUCCCAUCAUGGACGCAGUGUGGGAGCCAAAUCCUUUUCUAAUCGAGAAGAGGUGAAAGUAGAAGAGUUUGUACCCUUUAUGUUGCUUCCCAGAGGACCCCCACCACUUACUGAAUACCUUGAUAUCCGUGAUGUUGAUGUGCUCAAACAACCUCAAGAGAUCAAUAAACAGCAGCACCACACACACCUGUAUUCCAGUGACUUUCUCAUUGUGCGUCGGGCUCAAGAGUUCCAGAUCAAGAUCACAUUUAAUCGCCCCUACAAACCAGCUGAAGACAAGUUUGCUGUUCUUUUUUUCAUUGGGCCCAGCCCUCAGUACAGCAAGGGCACCUACAUUCCUGUCUUCCCCACUGAAGACCGACAGAGUAUUUGGCGAGGUCGGGUCAUUGAAACCUAUGACAAUGUUGUCACCAUGGGUAUUACAGCCUCACCAGAGUGCAUUGUGGGAAAGUACAUGAUUUAUGUUGGUGUGGAGACCCCCUACGGCGUCCGCAGGACCAAAAGGAAUCCUAGCACUGAUAUCUAUAUCCUCUUCAACCCAUGGUCAGCAGCUGAUCCUGUGUUCAUGAAUGAUGAUAAGGAACGCGAAGAGUAUGUUAUGAAUGAGCUGGGUAUCAUCUACCAUGGAUCAUAUGAUGAUGUGUCUGAACGGGCAUGGAACUUUGGACAGUUUGAAUAUGGUGUCCUGGAUGCCUGUUUGUUCAUUUUGGAUAAGGCAGAAAUGCCACUGUCCAGUCGUGGCGAUAUCAUCAAAGUUACCCGCAUAGCCUCUGCCAUGCUGAACUCCCGUGACGAUGAUGGUGUGUUGGUGGGAAACUGGAGUGGAGACUACACACACGGUGUUCCUCCAACAUCUUGGACUGGCAGUGUGGAGAUCUUCCUGGACUACGCGGGGAGCAAAGGCCAGCCGGUCGGCUAUGCUCAGUGCUGGGUCUAUGCUGCCGUCUUCAACACCUUCUUGCGUUGCCUUGGGAUCCCUAGCAGGGUCGUUACAAACUUCUUCUCAGCCCACGAUAAUGAUGGUAACUUGAAGAUGGACAUCAUUCUGGAUGAAAAUGGAAAAGUAGACAGAGAACGCACCAAGGAUUCCAUCUGGAAUUAUCAUUGCUGGAACGAGUGUUACAUGGCAAGGCCUGAUCUCCCUCCUGGCUUUGGAGGGUGGCAGGUUGUGGAUGCUACUCCACAGGAGACAAGCGAUGGUAUGUACAGGUGCGGACCUGCAUCGGUAAAUGCUAUAAAACAUGGCCAGAUCUGCUACCCAUUUGAUGCCCCUUUUGUGUUCGCUGAGGUGAACAGUGACGUGGUCUUCUAUCGUAGACGUCUUGUAGACGGCACUUAUGAACCAGUGAGGGUGAAUACCACUCAUGUGGGCCGCAUGGUGCUGACUAAAAAUGUGUUGAACGAUGGACGCCAGGACAUCACCAGUCAGUACAAGUUUCCCGAGGGGAGUCCAGAGGAACGCAGUGUUCUGGAGAAGGCAGAGGAGUUUGGCUGUCAGAGGGAAAAAGCCUCUCUCCCCGAGUAUGAUGUGGACGUGGAGAUCCCUAGUCAGGAAGUUCUAGUGGGGGACACAUUCGACCUGAUAGUGCAGUUUAACAACCGCAGUGACAAGCGCCGCACUGUGAAUGCGUACAUCAGUGGGAGUGUGGUGUAUUACACUGGAGUUUCCAGUGCCGAGGUUGUGUUUAAAACUCAAAAAGUGAAAUUAGAGCCUCUGCAGGUUAAGGAGGAGAAAGUGGUGGUGCAAGGUGAGGACUACAUACAUAAACUGGUGGAACAGGGAAACAUCCACUUCAUCACUACAGGGAAGGUUAAAGAGACAGGGCAGAUCAUCACUGCAAUGAAAGUCAUCACGAUGCACAACCCCAAACUGAUUGUGAAGGUUACAGGUUCUCCAAGAGUGAGUGAAGAGAUGCUUGUGACUGUUGAGUUCACCAACCCAUUUAAAUUCAACCUGGAGAAUGUGGUUCUGCGUAUGGAGGGUCCUGGAAUCAUGCCCUUAAAACGCCAUGAGUCUAGUCUGAUUUCUCCAGGCAACUCUUUAAUAUGGACAGAGGCAUUCAGACCACAGCGGGCCGGCUCUACUAGACUGAUGGCCAGUCUGGACUGUGCUGCACUCAGAAAUGUUUACGGAGAAGCAGAGCUCAUCAUCCAGCCAGAGAGUGACACGGGAGUAGGAAGUUGAGAAACAGACCUCUACAAAUUUAGACAUAAAAGAUCCCAUGUAAACUUCAGCACAUCAUAUAUACUCUAGAAAGAUAUACUAAGCUUGUUACCUGACAUGAUUUAUCUGCCAGUGGUAGCAGAAAUGCAUGAUAUUGUUUAGUCAAAAUUACUGAUUACUGUUUCUUAUAUCCAUGUUUUUCUUCAAUGUAAAAGAAGUGUAGUAUGUCGCAAAGAAUAAACACUCAGCAAAAUAGUAUUUUUUUUUACCAUAAGCAAAUGUUUAAGAGAGCAUAGAAAAUAUCUUUAAUGCUAAGUCAAAUAUGACAUUUUUACACAACACCAGUUGUGAAAAAAAAAUGAUACUUUCAAGAUGUGCUGUUUUUUUUCUUUCUUUCUAAUGUGCUGUAUUUGUUUUGUUUUUCUAAUG